AUGGCAGAUUUAAGAAAGAGAAAUAAAAAUAUUAUUAGGAAUGAGCAAUUAAAGAACGAUCUUAACAGUAGCAAGGAUAAACAAACAACUAAAAAUAACUUGAUACUAAGAGUUCUUUCAAGAAUAGUGGUUAUAACUUCUCUCCUAAUUGUAGUUUAUUUUACAUCCAAAAAUGACAAGCUUAUAACAUUUGCAAAACAGUCAGAGCUGUUGGCUGGUAAAGGCCAGAUAAUAGAUUGUUCUUAUGAAUAUGUGAAGGAAAUAGAUAAGUAUGAAGGAUGCUUUCCCAAAGAUUGUAAGAGAUUUGUCACUGAUACAGUAAUUUCAGAAAGAGAAUCUGAAGAAUUAUUACAAAUAGCGAAGAAAGGUCUUAAAUAUGGUGGAUCUUCCGGUGGAGCCUCUAUCCUCGAUUUACAUAAUGGAGCAUUGUCUAAAGGAAAAUAUUUUAUUGACAUUUACAAAAAAGACGAUAUGAAGAAUUUAUUUUCUGAGAAAGACUUCAAUGUUUUCAGGGCUGUGAAAGAGAAAAUUAAAUAUACAAUUUCUCAUCAUUUUGGUGUGUAUCCUGAUAAGAUUUAUUUGACAAAACCAACAUUUUUUUCUGAAAUUACAUCUAAAAAUGCAGUAACAAUUCACGAUGAAUACUGGCAUCCACAUGUAGAUAAAGAGACUUAUAAAUCAUUCCAUUACACAACAUUACUUUAUUUGAGUGAUUACAAUAUUGACUUUAAAGGAGGUAGAUUUGUGUUUGUGGAUGACAAAUAUAAUCGGACAAUCGAGCCAAGAAAAGGACGGUUAAGCAUGUUUACUAGCGGCGCUGAAAAUCUACACUAUGUUGAAAAAGUUACGUCGGGAGUAAGAUAUGCAAUGACUAUUUCAUUUACUUGCGAUAUAAACUAUGCUAUAGAAGAUCCAAGUGUAAAUAAAUAUGUUCAUUAA